CGUCUGUUAUCGACUCGUACGGCUGGCUGUAGUUUUCCAUGUCGCACGUCCGGUUUCGCCUGUGGAGCGACGCCGUCGAGGAAAUACCCGGAAAUACAAACAAAGUUCUCUGCGUUGAUUUUACUGCCAGUUUCAGAGAUGGCCACCGCGCCGCAGUCGUCGUUUGAAAUGAGGUCGACGGAUCUCAUCAAGAAGGAGCCGCUGGACUACGGGGGGUUCGGGGACGUGUACCUGUGCUACCACGUGACCCUCGGCCAGGUGGUGUUGAAGACCCUGUACACGGGCUCUCUCCGCAACGAGGAGAGUAAAAGGUCACUGCUGGAGGAGGGGAACAUCAUGGCCAGUCUGAACCACGAGCGGGUGGUCAAGCUGCUGGGUGUGAUCAUGGAGGAUCGAGACUGCUCACUCGUUAUGGAACUCCUCCCCAGAGGCAACCUGCUGGUCAUGCUAGAAACGAUUUCUGUGCCAGUUUCCAUCAAGGGCAGAAUCAUUUCAGAGAUUUUGGAGGGGAUGGUGUACCUGACAGACAGACGAGUCAUACACAAGGACAUCAAGCCAGAAAACAUUUUAGUGGACAAGGAUUUUCACAUUAAGAUUGCAGACCUGGGCCUGGCCACCUGCCAGACAUGGAGCAAGCUCACAAAGGAGGAGUCUCGCAGGAGGAGUCGUAUUGGCCAAUCGGCUGGGGCGAGAGGUCCCGGCACACUGAGCUACAUGGCUCCCGAACACCUGGAGAGUAUACACACAGCAUCCACGGAGAAGUCCGACGUUUACAGCUUUGCGAUCGUGGUUUGGGUCAUUCUCACAGGGGCGGAACCAUAUGCAAAUGCCAGGAGUGAAGACCAGAUCAGCCAGUGUGUUCGUAAUGGCGACCGACCAGCAGAGGACCUUAUUCCAGACUACACGCCUGCAGAAAUAAUUAAGCUCAUGAAGGACUGCUGGAAUCACAAUCCGCAGCUACGGCCAACAUUUAAAGAGGGCUACAACUUAUUCUUUCCUUUCUACAAGGAAAACCUCGAACCACACGUAGAGAAAGAUUUACUUAAUCUGAUGACAUCAUAUAAAGGCCCAGAUGAUCUUGUUGAGAAGAUGAAAUCUUUAUCAAUGACCAAUGAUUGUUGUUCAGCAGAUUGCCCUGCUCCUUUGGUGAGUUCAGACAGAAGUGUAUCUGUCCCAGUUGAAGCCAGUAUCGAAGACCUGCAUGACGUCCAGUAUGAGCCGCCAGUGGAGUCAAUCCAGACGGACGCGAAUGUAGCAAACUGCCCUUCGGCCUUGGAUGAGAAACUGCAUCGGGAGCUUCAGUACCACAAACACGGCAGCUAUGACUCUGAGAACCAGCUUGACCCUGCCAACUGCCUCCAUCACAACAACUUGAAUCCCUUCCUGCAAAACCACUUUAGCACCUCAGAUAACACUGUAAGGCAACCGGAACAAGACAAGCAACCUUCAUCCUCUGUCCACUCCUGGACAAAAGCUGAGCCAGUGCAGCCCACCAGCCAGGCGUGGUAUCACCCUACUUCUGGUCACUAUGAGUCCAUGAACUCGAGCUUACCUCCUGCAGCCCGCCUGCCAAUGUCUGCCAGCUCUCCCUCACUAGACCAGUUUAACCAGCAACAUCCACAUUCCCACUAUGACCGCCAGCAGUCUUGGCCAGUGUGCCCCGUGUCUGAUACAUCUGCUCCUGACAUGACUCCUGGGCGUCUUUUGAGCCCGUCCAAGAGCGGCUUGCCACAAGAUCCAGCAUCUGUUUUCAUUCAAAAUGCACGGGGGAUCCAGAUCGGGUGCAACAACCUGAUGAAUAUCCGAGGUUUCGAGCCCUCCCAGAGUUUAUCAUCUGUAUUUUCUAACCCCAACUCUUACAUCAAAGAAGACAUUCAGAAAUACGAGGAACACGCUGUUACUGAGGAGCACCUGGAUCUGCUGAGGGACAACAUCGGGUCCAAAUGGAAGCGUUGCGCACGAAACCUGGGUCUGACCAGCCCGGAAAUAGAGACCAUAGAGCAUGACUACCAACGCGACGGCCUGACAGAGAUGGUGCACCAAAUGCUGGAGCACUGGAAAAUGAAGGAGGGAAGUAUCGGCUGCACAAUCGGGAAGCUUUGUCGAGCCCUGUCGGGAAACAUAAAGGUAGAUGUCAUCCAGAAAAUGCUGGAAACCUGCGCUUCUUCCUCGAUCUCAUAAACCAUUUGCGCCAUGCCAUCUAAAUGACUUUUCCAACCCUGGUCGCCAUGAUUUAUGAAUAUGCUCUGCUCAGCAAAAUUUGCAGCAAAGAGAAAAAUGUAUUUGUUUUGCUUUUGAGAUAACUCCCACUAAUACAGAAGGGUUGAAUCGAAUGUUGUUUGUGUUGCUCGAAGCGUUGAAAAUGGCAUAGAGAGAACUCAACAGCUCAGGUUACUCAUGAUGACCAAAGAGCUGUCAACUGCUUCCAUUAGGAUAUUGUCCUUAAAUAUCUUAAUACUUCCCUAUACAAUAGUCACUCACUUUGAUGAAACAAUCUUUUUAGUUUUUUAUCAUGCUUAUCAUGCUCAACACUUUUCUAAUCAAAAUCAUUGUUCCUCUUGAAAUUUGCUGUGAAGUAAGAAUAUCUAAAGCCCUUUUUAUUCCUUCAAAUGUCAGGUAUUCAAAAGUAAGUUAAGCAAGAAUUAUUACGAAAGUAACAUUUUUACAAUAAAAAUUGUCAAGUAUUUGUUUUGUUUUUUAUAUAUAAAUUGAGAGAUGGUGUUAUGAAUACACGGUUACUACUUUAAUGGAUCAAUGAAGCCAUAAAUCCGGGACAAUCAAAUGGCGCGUGGUAAACAUUUAUUCCAGUGAAACACAAACAUUAUGACUCAAUCACAGAACAGGGAAGGUCACAGAGUCUGGAAGAAGCUGAAAACAUUAGUAAAGUUUCAGGUAAAAUGAAAGAAUGAAAUUGUACAACAGGAUAAAAACGUCUCAGUGCAGUGUUGCAGUAAUACAUCUGAAUUCUUGUUGUGUACAGUAGGGGUCAGUCCUGCUGUAGAUUAUUUUGCGGCCAUGAAUGUAAUUUACAAAGAUAACAGUAAAACCAAAGUAUGUACUCAUUUUUUCCGAGUGUCCAGUGCGUGGAGUUGCUGAAUUGAUUUUGAUUAUUACAUUAUGUAAUGUAAAACUUGUGAGUUGCUACACUGCAUGGUACCAAAUAUUUGACACUGUUCUCACCAUCCUUGUAUUUUUAUGCAGCACACUGCUCAAUACAAGACAAAUAUGCAGCAUCACAAAAGGAUAAUCACCCUCUGUUCUCAAUCCAUAUUUCCUACAGAACCUGGAUCCACUGGAAAACAUUAACAUUUUAAGUAAACUCUGUGUAAAUAUGUUUCUAAAACUUCAAAUGUCUAUUUCGUGUAUUUAAUAUAUUGAGCUAAACGACUGAUCUUCAGCAAAAAUUCAUGGCUCGAUGCUGAAUAUUGAUAUUCAAUUUUCAAAAUAUGAAAUUCAGUUUUUCAUAUUCAAUCCUAUUGGUAAUAUCCUGCAACUGGUUGGUGAAUAUCAAUAUGCUGUAUUUUUUUUUGAAAACAUGAAAGCACUUAAAGGGCUUUUACUUCCAAGUCAUCAACUACAUUAGAGGAUAUAGCUGUAAGUCAUCAGUUAGAUUCAUAUCACAUCAUGUCACUUUACUGGUUGUCCACAAGUCUGAAUCUGACUUAGGUCUUGUUUUCAUAUAUUGCUGCAAUAAAGAUGAAAAACUCACUGACUGUUUAAACUCACAUUUUAAUGGACAUUUUUAAAAAUAAAACUGCUGAAUUUUUCAA